GCUCCAACAAGCGACAGAAGCUCCGUCCCACUAUCAGUCGCAUGCAGGCCGCACUGUCGUGAGUAUCUCCAACUCUCGCGUCCAGAUUUCCAAUUCUUACACACGACUCGUCGUCGAAUACGAUCGCAGUUGGCAUCGCGUGCUGAGCGUGCUGUGAUAUUCCACAUGCAACAACAAACAAUACGAACGACAGACUUCGAGUGUAAUAGUAACGGAGUCGAGAUUCUUUCCUUCUUUCUUGCAGGCGUGAUCUAACAGUUGAUUAUUUAUUACAUGAAAACGGAUGGCGAUGUUCGACGUGAAUAAUUAAUUAGACUUUGGACAAGUUUGGCUAUCGUUUAAUUGUUGUCUUUUGUGCUGCGGGUACAAUAAUAAAACUUGCGAUUAAUGCUUGUGAUAAGGUAGUAAAAGUUUCAAAGCGGGCCGACGACGAUCGAGGAAGGCGGCGCGUCGUUUCGUCCGACUCAUUAGCAUUUCUUCUCCAAGAUAUUCGCAACGAUGAAAAAAACGGACCGUCAACAAUGAGUGUGUGAAGAAGAAGAAGUGCCGGCGUAACAACGAUGUGUGAAAUAAUGCGUCCGCCGCGAUCGUUGUGAUUUGAAUUGAAUGUGUUUGCGCCGCCCGUUCGCCCGCCAUUGCAUUAAUGAUGGAUCUAUCUGCGGCCCGUGUCUUUUUUGCUCUGCUCUUGCAACUUUUCACUUGGAACGCAAAUGGUCAGUAUCGUUCACCCCGAAUAACAGAGCACCCCUCAGACAUUAUAGUGGCGAAAAACGAACCAGUUACCCUUAAUUGUAAAGCAGAGGGUAAGCCGGAGCCAAGUAUAGAAUGGUACAAAGACGGUGAGCCGGUACGGACUUCCCCUGUGGAAAACAAAUCGCACCGUGUGCUUUUACCUUCCGGUUCUCUUUUCUUUCUGAGAACUGUGAGCAGUAAAAAAGAACAAGAUGGUGGUGUUUAUUGGUGUGUGGCCAAGAACGUUGCGGGACAAGUGGUCAGUAGGAAUGCGACAUUACAAGUUGCUGUGCUGCGCGACGAUUUCCGCGUGUCCCCGGUGAAUACCCGAGUGGCUGCCGGUGAAACGGCACUUUUGCAAUGCGGUCCUCCGAAGGGAAGUCCCGAACCGCAAGUCUCAUGGAAGAAGGACGGCAAGCCGCUCGAAUUAGAUGGAAGACGCAUAAGAAUGGUCGAGGGUGGCGGCAAUCUCAUUAUUUCUGACGUGCGACAGGGUGACGAAGGACGAUAUCAGUGUGUUGCGCACAACAUAGUGGGGUCUAGGGAGACCCAGUCGGCGACCCUCACGGUACAUGUGAAACCGUACUUCAACAAAGAGCCUCAGGAUGUAGUGACAAAAGCCGGUCAGCGAGUGAUCUUUCAAUGCUCGGUGGAGGGUGAGCCGGUUCCUAGUGUGCUCUGGCGUCGCGAAGACGGUAAAAUGCCAAUCGGUCGAGCGCGAAUUCUCGACGACAAGUCGCUCCUCAUCGACAACGUCCAAACCUCCGACGAAGGCAUCUACAUUUGCGACGCCGAAAAUGUCGUCGGUAGCAUCACCGCAAAGGCAUCGCUCGUCGUUAAUUCGCCGCCUACGUUUAUCGAGAAACCCGAAGACCAGAAAGCAAGUUUGAACAGCGUGGUGGAGUUUCACUGUGUGGCUACGGGUAAUCCCCCGCCGUCGGUUUUCUGGAGCAAAGAGGGUUCGCAACUGCUCAUGUUCCCAGACACAUCCUACGGCCAUAUCCACGUGAAUUCCCAUGGCACCCUUAGGAUUCAGGGAGUGCAACGGGAAGACGCCGGAUAUCUCGUCUGCUCCGCUCUGAGCGUCGCCGGCUCCAAUACUGCAAGAGCCUUCCUGCAGGUAACUUCGGUUGCUGAUUUACCUCCUCCAAUAAUUCAAAUAGGUCCCACCAAUCAAACGUUGCCAAUUCACAGUAUGGUGACUUUCAGUUGUAAAGCGUACAACCCACAAGGCGAUCAGCCUAAAAUCCGAUGGUCGAAAGAUGGUCUUAUUUUCAAAAAUAAUUCUCUUCCAAAACGCUACUCGAUUAACACUAGCGGAACUCUUCUUAUUGAAGAUUUGACGGUUGACGAUUCAGGUGUUUAUAGCUGUUCAGCUAUAUCAGAAAGUGGCGAGACGUCAUGGUCGGCGUCAUUGAACGUUGUUGAAAACACAAAUUCUCCUUUGCAUCGUAGUCCGGAUCCGUCAACGUUUCCGAAAGCUCCUGCAAAGCCACGCAUAUUAAAUGCAACCGAAUCGAGUAUCUCAUUGACUUGGGAGAGUGAAGAUAUAGAGCCGGGUCUUGUGGGUUACACUGUGGAAUAUUGGAGUCCGGAUCUGCAAACAGGGUGGGUGGUAGCAGCCCAUAGGGUUCCCGAUCCUUAUAUGGUGGUGCGUGAACUUAAACCCGAUAGUUCGUACGUGUUUAUGGUUCGGGCUGAAAAUGCACACGGAUUAUCUCCCGCAUCCCCGGUGUCCGCCAUUGCCCGGACUUUGGCCAACUUCCGGACGGUAUCUCGUACGGAGCUCGAUAAGGCGAGAAACAUGUUAACUACUAAAAUUGUGGAACUGGAAAGUGCACGCGCCUUAUCUUCCAGUUCGGUAAAGCUCAAAUGGAGCUUAAGUGCACCCGAUUACGUGGAAGGACUUUAUAUACGGUUCAGAGAACUUUCGGGCGGUUCGAACAAUUACAACAUACUUACAGUGCUCGACACUCGCAAUGACGGUUACGUAGUUAGUAAUCUGAAGAAAUUUACCAAAUACGAAUUCUUCAUUUCACCCUUUUAUAAAUCUGUUGAGGGGCAACCUUCGAAUUCUCGCAUAGUUGAAACGUUAGAAGAUGUGCCUUCCGCCCCUCCUGACAGCAUAUCAGCCGGCUUGUUCAACAGCACAUCCGGUUGGAUAAGAUGGUCUCCGCCUCCUCCUCAACAUCACAACGGUGCCAUUAUCGGCUAUAAGCUACUUCUAAAAAGUACAACUGUGCGCGCUAUAACUGUUAAUGCAACAACAACGUCGUUGUUAUUGACUAAUUUAACGGCCGGCACUGGUUACACUGUUAAAAUUGCGGCAGUUACGCAAAUGGGAAUGGGACCAUUUUCGGAACCGAUGAAACUUUUAGCGUCUCAACGUAAACAGAGUCCUAGAGCUUUGGGACCAUUCGUGCCAUUCGUUCGACAGACUUGGUUUGUUGUUCUUCUAACAUCAAUUGCUUUGUUAUUUUUUGCGGGUACAGGGUCUCUAGUGUAUUUCAAAAGACGACAAUCACUGAAGAAAGAAUUAGGGAAUUUGAACGUUCCUGUUGUAAGCACGUCGCAAAUUGGUACCAAAGAAAGCCUCUGGAUAGAUCGCGGAUGGAGAACUAACGAUUGCGACAAGGAUUCUUCGAUUCCUUUGGCACAACGUCCUGCCGAUUACGCUGAAGUAGACAGUAAGAGCUUAUCGACGUUUUACAAUUGCCGAAAAUCUCCGGAUAAUCCAACGCCCUAUGCGACUACAAUGUUGGUACCGCCUCCCAGUUGGUCGGAUCUUAUUCCUCCUCCACCAGCCCAUCCUCCUCCCGACUGUCCACAAGACAAUCCUCCAGUUCCUCCACCACGCGGAGGCAGUACUCAUGGAAGCAAUGAUGGAUAUGCCUGUUACGCGGUCUAUGUUCCUAAUCAGUCUGUAGGAAGUCAGUGUUCGCACGGCAGAUUUUCGCAAUAUCCUAGAGGUGGUGGUGGCUCGUGCAACGGUUGUGAUGCUCAUUGUUCUCUUGCCAGCAGCAGUUCUGGAAAGAGAUCGAACCCCAGAGGGUUGUUCCAUAGCAACAGAAGCUGUGAUAGGGCAUGGCACACACAGCGGAGUUGGGAAGAAUGCGAAAACGACAAACACUCCUGUUGUAGUAGUCAUGAUACUACGUGUUCCUGUAGCGAAUCCUCCUGUUUGUAUGCUGAAGCAGGACCUUCGAGCAUUCCCAAACCGCCACCCGUUUGCCAGUCGAAUCGUUGUGGAAUGUAAUAGAUAAUCGUGGAAGGGGACGAUGGAAAUAUACAUAUCCAGACGUGUUUAUUAGAUCUGGUAAAAUUAGUUCGACUGUUUUCUUUAUGAUCAUGAGAUACCUAGUCAUUAGACGUUCUAAGUUACCAAGAAAACGUAAUAAUAAUAAUUAAUAAUGAUGAUGAUAAUGAUAACGAUAAUGAAAACAUACAGGUAACGGUCUUCCUGUUUAUUAAAAAAACGAAUAAAUCGGUUUUCCAAGGUCAUUCCCGAACUGACUUGACGUUCUGUUUGUACAUAAGAUCGACUAUGUUGAAAACGUAGCAAUAAUCAAUAGAAAACAUGAUGUACGUAGUCUGAAAAAUGUGAUCUGUAGCGUCUAAUCUUGUAAAUAAUUGUUAUGUAAUAUAGUUACUAUAAAUAGG